AUGAAGUCGCUCUCGAGUCUGAUACUGCCCUGCGCAGUCCUCGCGCAGCAUGUCGCCGCUCAAGGCGCCUACCUUUUCACCAUCGAUCGCAGCAUCACCACCCCUGCCACCGCCAUGAUCGACUCCGAAAUGGCCAGUGCCAUCAUAGCGAGACGAAGAGCCUUGACCGCAGACCGGUACCUAGGCAUCACCGACUCCAUGCUCCUAGAAGAUAUCAACACAUACGGAGGCUACCAGGCCCCUUUAUUUGGUGAAGAAACCCCCACAAACGCCCCCGGGAAGCUCUUCAUCAGGAUAUCAGGCGUCGACAUGAAGAUCCAGGACUUCGACAUCGCCAUGCCCGACCUCUGGAUCGACGCACCGACCAAGGAUCUACUCACAGACUUCAAGGCCGUCACAGACAGCGCGCGCAAAGAGAAGGACGACCUCUGCGAAUACGCCGUGCCCCCGUCUCUCAACGCUCCGGACAGCAAAGGCGUCGAAGUCGUCUUCACCUACCCGUCCGAGAACGGCCGAUGCCUCAAGGAGACCGAGAUCCCCAACAUCCCCAUCAUCCUGUCGCUCCACAGUUUCCUGCCCACGAAUCCAGCGGGCGUCAAGACCCAGAUCAACAGCCUGAUCCGCAUCCUCAAGCACUUCUCUGCGACCGAGAACGUCGAAUCCACCGUGCUCUUGCUCCCGGCGGAGAAGAAGCUGAAGAAGCCCAAACCGAACAGGAACCACCACCACAACAAGCACGCGGCACGCUUGGCCCAGGAGUCCGAGGAGGAGGAACGUCUCGAGCUGCCCUCUCCAUCACCCUCGUCCGCCGCCUCGUUCGACCAAAUCGCGCCACCGUCCAACACAUCAAACACCACACACCCCCUCCCGCAUAACGUCCCGCAGUGCUUCACCUCGCAAUCCCAGUGCGAGAACGUGACCAACACCUGCUCCGGCCAUGGCUCCUGCUACAAGGCCCACGCCAACUGUUUCAAAUGCCGAUGCGGCACCACCGUCGUGCGCGUCAACCCCGACGGCACCAAGAAGACGGUCCAGUGGGGCGGCAACGCGUGCCAGAAGAAAGACGUGAGCGUGCCGUUCGUGCUGUUUGCGAGUUUCGGCGUCGUCAUGACCGCCCUGGUCGUCGGCGCCAUCGGCAUGCUUUGGAGCAUGGGCAGCCAGGAAUUGCCGAGUGUCAUUGGCGCGGGCGUCGCUGGGCCGAGAGCUGCUGGGAAGUGA